AUGGUCCCAAAGGGCACGGCGGCGCGCCCCUGCCUAGGACCAGUCCCUGGAGCAGUCCCGCUACAGACCGACUGGAUUCGACGGCUGCAGAUAUGUGGCAAGGAGCUGAAGAGGGUCUUCUUCACCGAGUUUUACGCGGACGUGGAGCCCCCCGACGACGGUUCCACCACGUCCCGGCAAAUCAUUGCUAGCAAGACUACCUGCGCCCUAGACGUGCAGAUCCUUACCUGUUCCCAGCCGAGCGAGCAGUGCCGAGAGAUCCUGCGUAAGUAUCAGUUGCAAGAUCGGCUCAAAGGACAACGACCGGGGCAGAGCGAAUGCUACCUGCUAGUCUGGGACGCGAGGUGGGCCAUGGAGUGGACAGAGCGCGACAUGACGGCUGGCACCCCGAACCCCUUCCUAAUCUCCAAGUCCUCGCCAACGGUGGACUUCUUGGCAGAGAUGACCCCCGUCUGGCCUCCCGCCCCCGGCGCCAGGGUCUCGGGCAGCGACCGGCGCUGCCCUGCGGGCAUAGCGUUGGUCCACUACGACGCCAAGAGGAACGGUCCCUUUCACGACAACGACGACACAGUUCAAAGGCCAACCCCAGGCCAACACUACUACAGGGUCGACCGCGCCACGAGAAAGGCCCAAUUCAACAAGGUCAACGCAACGAUACGUGAAUUCUUUUCAGCUGGGUGCGAUAGGGCGGCCCUUCGGGGCACUGCCCUCCCGCCCAUCGCCUGGGCGCUCGUCUUCCGGCACGAGGACUGCGACAACAAGGCCAGAGCCCUGGCCGUGCCGGCGCAAGGCGCAGCGGCGGAUCUGCUGCUCGCGCAGGCCUCGGAGACGCUGGAACGCACUAUCGACGACCCCGACCAACCCGGCGCCGACCAACGUGCGGCCCAGCAGGCGGAGGACUCCCCUGGCAUUGUCUUCCAACGACUGCUGCCCUCCCCAAAGGAGGAGCACCUGGAGCGCACCUGCUACCUGCGCCACGCCAACACCGCCCAGCGGCGCUGCGUGCUUGCGACCCAGAAUUCCCUCCUUACCCUAUGUCACGGGCCGCCCGGAACCGGGGAGACCAAGGUCGCGGCCUGCCUGGCGGACGCCUACAUGUCGUGCCUCGCCCCAGGGUGGGGCGUAGGGUGCCUCGGCUGCACCGGCGGAUCCAUGGGCACCUUGGCAGAGCAAAGCGGGAAGAAUCUGAACCCAGCCAGCAACGACCUGUUCCCUCGCUUGGCCGCGCGCCUCGCACACGAGGACAAAGUAAAGGGCAGCGUAGCCAAGAAGAUCACCCCUAUCGCCGAGUACGCCAAAAUGCACAACAUAGCGGUGGGCGAGGUCACCACGGGACACGCGAACUGGUUCCACAAGUUCCGAGCGGAGGUCGCGACUGAAGCAAAGCUCAUCUUGGCCACGCGCGAGGCGGGGCCCGACCUCUGGGACAAGAAGUCCCUCAUCUGUCUCCUGGACAAAGCUGGACAGACGUUCGAACCCAUGGCCAUCAUGUCCCUGAUCCACGCUGUCAGAUGCGGGGCCAGAACUGUCCUCUUCGGCGACGAGCGGCAGCUGCGCCCGACGGCGGACGGCAACGAGGCUGUGCAGGCAGCUUGCCGGCUGGUGGCGAG